UCUCCUCUUACCCAAGUCUUGUGUUCUGUCAGAACACGCUCAGCCCAUCGAGAGCAAUAGUUAGAUCCGGGUGUUGUGCUGUCUCCACAUCUCGUUAAACUUUUGCUUAUGACUAAAUAAACAGAUUACAUUGCCAUCAGCCUGAGUUUGCGUUCACUGCUACGUAGCAAAUGUGAGCAAACUGACCAAGCAAUGUGCAUAGUGUUGUGUUUGCCUUUCCCUCAGAUGUCACAAAUCCUCCUGAAGAUUGCUCAAAAACCUGUUGUACAAGUCAUGCACACAUUAAGCAAACACAGUCAUCAGAUGGGUCUCUGUGAGCAACUGGAGAAUACACCAAAGGCUUAAGUCAUGCUACAGUCUGAUGGAGGAGACUAUUGACUUUUCUCUCUUGAAUUUUAGGCACUUUUUAUGAUAAAGGCUUAAUUGAGACUGAAAAUGACAGAGGUAAAACCCGCUGAGCUCAUCUUCAUCUGUUUCAUGCUGCUUCACGGUUUUGUUGCAGCAUUGAACUGUACCAACCCAACCCCUAAAUCCUUGUUUGAUGCACUCGAGAUAAACUUAUUCCCUGAUAAACUGGCACGUCCUGUGAAGAGCUUUUCAGAUACAACUAACAUAACCAUCACUAUCACUGUGGUGGGGAUUUUAGGAGUGAAUGAAAAGGCCCAAACCCUGACAACAGUCUUAUGGCAAUUUCUGCAGUGGGACAUUGAGGGGCUGAGCUGGGAUGAGAAGGAAUGUGGCACUACAAGAAUCUCUGUCCCUCGGGAAUUGCUUUGGAUCCCAGACGUCCACAUCACAGAGAUCAUGGACGAGGACAAAUCUCCCAAAACUCCCUAUGUCUACUUAGACAACAACGGUCGUGUAUAUGAUUAUAAGCCAAUCAGAGUGGUUAGCUCCUGCCGAUUAGGAAUAUACACUUUCCCCUUCGAUGUCCAAAACUGCUCUUUGACCUUUGGAUCGUAUCUACACUUUGCUACGGACAUAAGGAUGAUUCAAGCCGCAACAUCUGAAGAGAUCCUGGAGAAGUCCAGAAAUGUGUUGCAGACCAAAGGGGAGUGGGAGCUCAUAGAUAUAGAUGUAGCUCCUUCUACUCUGGCAAUAGAGGAGACGCAGUACUCUCAGAUAAAAUACUAUAUCUCUAUUAGACGUAGGCCAACCCACUAUGUGGUGAACCUCCUGGUCCCCAGCUCCUUGCUCAUCACAGUGGACCUGUUCAGCUUCCUGCUGCCUCCCGAGAGUGUGGACCGGGCCUCCUUCAAGAUGACCCUCAUCCUGGGCUACACAGUUUUCCUGCUCAUCAUGAAUGACCUGCUGCCUAUCACUGGAGAGUCAACACCUGUCAUCAACGUUUUCUUUUGCGUCACUCUCGCUCUGAUGGUGGCCAGCCUGUUGGAGACGGUGUUUAUCACAAAGAUCCAGUUCAGCUCCAGCCGUAACCAUGCGGUGCCUCACUGGCUCAGAGUCGUCGUGUUGCGAUAUCUAGCUAUUGUAGUUUGUCUCCCUUCACAGAAAAAGAGUAACCGAGUCACCGUCUUGCUCAACCCAUCUGGAGAACCGGCAAUGAAUUCCAGGUUCACAAACAUCUCAGAGAGUCAUCUUUUAAGCGUAAUUGGUGAUAAAACUCCACUGAAAACCCCACCGGUCCCUCCGGAUUCAGCCCUGCAUGAACUGAAGAAGCUAAGCAGAGAUCUCAUGGCCAUCCGCCUCCAGAUGGACAAACAAUUCCAGGGGAGUGACACUGCACAAGAAUGGCAAAUGGUCGGGAUAAUCAUUGACCGUCUGCUGUUCAGCUUGUACAUCAUCGUCAUUACUGUUAGCUUCCUCACCCUCAUUUCUAUCUGGAUCUGGAACCAUGUGGUGAACCACCAUCACUAGGGGUAAGCUAGCAGUACAUAUGUUAAUGCGGACUUGGUGAUGGGAAGACUGCCAUGACCAUCACUUGACCUCUGACUUCAAGAAUGAAAAUGGGUUCUAUGGGUACCCACAAACAUACCCACUUUAUGCUAAUCCCAUGCAGUUUGGGGCAAAAACCUUGGAGUUUUUUGCAUGUGGUAUAAAUGUGUUAUUUUCACCCAGUGUAUUUGGAUAUUUCUGCAUACACUAUUGGAAUUGUAUAAAUUGGGAAUGAUUGGAAAGCUGAGACACAUACUUCAUGCCACCUGAAUAAAUUAGUCAAAACAGGUAGUAAUGUUUUUUUUACACCGAUAUGAAAACAAGGUCACUAGAAACAUUUUCAGUAUAAUCCAGCCCACACCGUUCAGGUUUACUGUCUGUUAUUCUUAUUAUGCAAAUGGUAGAGGUUGAAGUUCUACUGAAAUAUUGAUUUAUUCCACUAGAUGGUGCUAUUGGUUGAUUGUUAGGGUUUUUGUGCAGUGUGCAUAAUGUAGGCAUGCAGGGGUUUAUAGAGUUAGAUUGUAGCUAUAGCUCAGGAAAAAAAUGCAUCACAACUGACCUCAUAAUCUUCUAAAGUAGUUUUGACAUUUUCAGUUUUAUAUGAUUAGUAAUUAGCUAUUUUAUGUGUAUAUCUUUGGACAGCCUGUGGAAGUUAGAUUUACAGCAUUACAUUAUUAAGCCCAAAACAGACUGUUGCUUAAUCAGUGGUGGAAAGUAACAAAGUACAUUUACUGAAGUACUGUAGGCCUACUUAAGUACAAUUUAAAAGUACUUGAGUAUUUCCAUUUUCUGCAACUUCAUAUAUCUACUUAUAAUUAAUCUGCAACCAAUUUGAUAAUUAAUUAAUGUUGGUUUCAUGUUAUAGUCGAUUAUAUAUCCAUAAUAAUAUAUAUAUUAUCACCGAA